UCAGGCAUCAUUAUCAGCCGGAUUUCUGGGUAGAAAAGUUCUGGUUAUUAUGGGAAAAGGAAGAUGGAACGGGUUCCCUGACACCUUCCACCGUCUCCCUGGUCCUACUCCGACUACAGUUGACCGGAUCAAGUUCCUGUAUCCAGGAAGUGUCCAGGAUAUAGUUGAUCAUCUACUAGACCUGGAGGAAUUCUUGAUCCCGGACACAAUCAUUAUCCAGCACUUCCAACAACUCAUGCACACAGAAGAGGGAGAGCAAGAUGGGUCACCAGAUUCGGCCAUUUUAAGUUUGGUGAAAUUCGCCGCGUUCAUUUCCGAAUAUUUUGCGGCAAACCCAACUCCUUAUAAGUCUAAAACAGUAUUAUCAGAAAAUGAAGACGACCACGAGAAAGAAAUCUUUAAAACUCCAGACUCUAAAGGAAGUCAAAUAGAAUAUUCAAAAGAAAAAGAAAACUUUGAAUCAACAGAAGACGAUCAAGUAGUAUAUGACGAAAGGAAACAGACCAGGGAAACAAUAGACCAGGAUCCCGAAGUUGGAAAAGAAGGAUCCACUCUACCAGACCUCAGGAACCUCAGUUACAGACUUCCUCAGUUGUUAUGCUUCGCUGAACUACCUAACCUUACUCCUCUCCUUGCUGACUCACUCAGGAACUGGUGGCGGGAAGUUUGGUUUCUGGAACAGACAUUAGACGCCUUUCAAGUUUCAUCUACCAGUAAUAUUGGCACAGUGGAUAUAUGCUAUACUCACACUAAUCAAUAUUAUCUCAAGAAUAUCAAGACCACACCACAAGAUAAAUAAAUAGUGGCACAGUGGAUAUAUGCUAUACUCACACUAAUCAAUAUUAUCUCAAGAAUAUCAAGACCACACCACAAGAUAAAUAAAUAGUGGCACAGUGGAUAUAUGCUAUACUCACACUAAUCAAUAUUAUCUCAAGAAUAUCAAGACCACACCACAAGAUAAAUAAAUAUUGGCACAGUGGAUACAGCCAGUAGAUAUUUAUAUGUCAUUUUGACGAUUAAACUGCGAAAUUUUCUUGUAAUGAAUUUAAUAAUUAAGUACUCUUAUAAUCGAAAUUUUAUGGUAAACUACUAAUUUUUUCCGAUGAAAAAAAAAAGUUCGUGACUGGCUGUGAUUUCUGACUGAAACAAUUACUAAUCAAGUUAAACUGUGAUAAAAGUUAAAGCAUUAACAUGUAAAUUAUAUCUUUUUUAAAAAUUUCA